AUGGAGGAAACCGGAAUCCUGAAUGCCCCUGUAACGACAACAAACGAAAGAGCUGGAAGUGAAGGAGUAAUGAGUGGGUCCUACGGUUCGCUUAUAGCUCAACUCAACAGUAACAAUAGUACCAUAAGCAAUGGUGGAACAGAUCCGUAUUUGAAACUGAAGCGCCUCGAAAAGGAGUUCGAACUUUUGAACCUUCAAGAGGACUAUAUAAAGGAUGAGCAACGCCACUUGAAAAGAGAACUUUUGAGAGCUCAAGAAGAAGUGAAGCGUAUUCAAUCGGUUCCGCUUGUGAUUGGACAGUUUUUGGAACCUAUAGAUGAAAACACAGGGAUUGUUUCGAGCACAACAGGGAUGAGUUAUGUGGUGAGGAUUUUGUCCACACUUGACCGUGAGCUUCUCAAGCCAUCGACAUCAGUCGCUUUGCAUCGCCAUUCUAACGCAUUAGUGGAUAUUCUACCUCCGGAUUCUGACUCUAGCAUAUCUAUCAUGGGAGCAAAUGAAAAACCAGACGUUACGUAUGCUGACGUUGGUGGUUUAGACAUGCAAAAACAAGAGAUCAGAGAAGCAGUGGAGCUGCCAUUAGUGCAGGCCGACUUAUACCAGCAGAUUGGUAUCGAUCCACCCAGAGGUGUACUUUUGUAUGGUCCUCCAGGUACAGGUAAGACAAUGUUGGUCAAGGCAGUGGCAAACAGCACAAACGCGGCUUUCAUCAGAGUAAACGGUUCGGAAUUUGUUCAUAAAUACCUUGGUGAGGGUCCAAGAAUGGUACGUGACGUUUUCAGGCUGGCUAGAGAGAACGCUCCUUCUAUCAUAUUCAUUGACGAGGUGGACUCCAUUGCUACAAAACGUUUCGACGCUCAGACGGGUUCAGAUCGUGAAGUACAGCGUAUCUUGAUUGAACUGCUCACACAAAUGGACGGCUUUGAUCAAAGUGUAAACGUCAAAGUAAUCAUGGCCACUAAUAGAGCAGACACCCUGGACCCCGCUCUGUUAAGACCCGGUAGAUUGGAUAGGAAGAUAGAGUUCCCGUCUUUGAGAGACAGACGUGAGCGUCGUUUGAUUUUUGGUACUGUGGCUGCCAAGAUGGCUUUGGCGCCUGAAGUUGAUUUGGAUUCUUUGAUCAUAAGAAAUGACCCUCUUUCAGGUGCACUAAUCGCAGCUAUAAUGCAAGAAGCGGGUCUACGCGCUGUCAGAAAGAACAGAUACGUCAUUCUGCAAAGUGACUUGGAGGAAGCUUACGCAGCUCAAGUGAAAUCAAGCAGCGACGUUGAUAAGUUUGAAUUCUACAAGUAG